AUGACGCUUCGUCCCUUGAUACAACGGGCUCGGGCAGUCUUUCGUCGAAUGAAAGUCGACAGUGAUGAUGCUGCAAGUUCUUCUUCGGUCGAAGUAGACAGAAACACAGUAGAGGCGGAGAAGUCAGAGGGUUCAAUCAGCCAUCCUGAAGAUACACUUCCAAACAAUGGUGCCGAGCUACCAGGUGUGCCCUAUGAAGAGCUUCAACAUGGUAUUCAGGAAGUUGAGGCUGUGGCUCAGACCUGGUCGAAAGUCUCCCUGAUCUUCGUUUUCAUAAAUAUGUGGUUCCUCUAUUUCACCUAUGCCUGGAUAUCGUCAAUCGAUGGCAGCUUGAGCACUUAUGUGGCUAGCUCUUUCCAACAACACUCCUUGUCUGGUCUUCCUACCGCAAUUGCGGAUGCUUUUUCGGCUGCUGUCUUCCUUCCAGUGGCCAAGAUGAUGGACACCUGGGGCCGAGCCGAAGGGUUCCUGGUGAUGUCAAUUUGCGCCACCGUAGGCCUUGUUCUGAUGGCCUCUUGCAACAGUUUCGCUGUCUAUUGCGCUGCAAAUGUGUUUUACUACAUCGGCUUCGGAGGCAUGCAAUUUGCCGUGGACGUCAUCACCGCCGAUCUCUCCCAGUUGAAGAACCGAGCCCUUGCAUACGCUUUCACGUCUUCUCCGUACAUUAUUACGGCGUUUGCUGGGCCAAAGGUGGCGGAUCUAUUCUACGCCCAUACUGGCUGGAGAUGGGCUUAUGGUACUUUCGCCAUCAUCUUCCCUGUCGUGGCCGCGCCGUUGUUCUUCGUCCUGAAGUUCAACCUGACAAAAGCCAAAAAGGGAAAUGCUGUGGUUAUCAGAGAGAACAGUGGACGAUCAUUCCUUCAAAGCAUCUGGUUUUGGACACUCGAAUUCGAUUUAAUCGGAGUCUUCAUCUUCACUGCGGGACUUGUGCUAUUUGAGCUUCCAUUUGACAUUGCCAGCGAGGCUCCUAAAGGCUGGGGCACGAAUUAUAUCAUUGCCAUGAUUGUGGUCGGAUUCUCGAUGCUCUUCUUCUUUGCUUUCUACGAGAGGUAUAUCGCUCCUACGCCUUUGCUCCCAUACUCCUUCCUCACGAACCGAACCGUCGUCGGUGCAUGCCUCUUAGAUGCCACGUAUCAGCUUUCAAACUAUUGCUGGAACAACUACUUCUCAAAUUUCCUUCAAGUGGUUAAUGACCUCACUAUUGCCGAAGCUGGGUAUAUCACUAAUACAUUCGACGUCGUUUCUGGUAUACUUUUAUUCUUUGUUGGAUGGGCGAUCCGAAAAACUGGUCGCUUCAAAUGGCUCCUUUACAUUUCCGUUCCUCUAUACAUCUUUGCCCAGGGUUUGAUGAUCUACUUCCGUCGUCCUGGUCAGAGUGUUGGUUACCAGGUCAUGUGUCAAAUCUUCAUCUCCAUUGGCGGAUCGAUCUUCAUCAUUGUCGAGCAGCUAUCUAUUCUCGCUGCCGUUGAUCACCAGCAUGUUGCUACAGCCCUCGCCUUGCUCAACGUGGUCGGUACCAUCGGAGAUUCUGCAGGUCUUACUAUCUCUAUGGCAAUCUGGAACAACACUUACAAGAAGGCUCUUACUUGGUAUCUGCCAGACUUGAAAGACCUGGACAUGAUUUAUGAAGAUCUCGAGACACAGCUGAGCUAUGCUCCUGGUACUCCGAUGAGAACGGCAAUACAGAAAGCGUACGGCUAUACACAAGUUAGGAUGCUCUCUGCUGGCGUGGGGGUGAUGGCUCUGGCAUUUGCGUGGACUAUCAUGAUCAAGAAUAUCAAUCUGAACAAGGUUGCUCAGGUCAAAGGUGUGGUGUUCUAA